UUUUUUUUUUCCCAGAGAUUCUCGCCAGUCCCGCAUGCUCGAGUCGGACGAAGGGCGCGCGAGACAUCCAAGAAGCAAAGGCCCGGCCGCCCACCCGCGCCCCGUCCCGGCUUUGCGCUCCAGCAGCUUCUGUUUUUUUUGUGCUGGUAUACAAGUCCAUCAUCUCGACCCCCUUUUUUUUUCUUGUGCAAGCUUGUCAUUUUUGAGCCUGCCUUGCUCGCACCACCGACCGACCCGACCCACGUCCCCUCCCUAUUCCAGCAAAAAAAAAAAAAAAAAAAAGGCCCGGCUGCAGUGGUCUUACAGCACCCUCCUCACGCCACAUCUUUGGCAAACCACCAGCCUCCUCUUGUAUCCUCCUUUUGUGUCCUCGGUCCGGCCAAAGACUUGGCACUACCGGCCCCUUGCCAGGACCCGCAGCCCACGCAAUUCGACGAUCCCGCACCAAGCGAAGACCCUGCCUGUCAGUUGGAUACUGGUUGGGUUCCCCCGUCUUCCCACCUGCCUAAAAGCGCACCACUGGCGACAUCAAUCCCCAUCAGCCCAGCCAUGUCCACCUGAGGCCUCGCACUAGGCUGGGUGACGUCUGACUGAGAGUGCGCGCGCACACUUCUGUCCCUCCCACUUCCCGUCGCGUAUAUACCAUCUGCUUCUGAUUCGAAGAUCGGAUACUUGCUCAUCUUGUCCCGGCCUUUUGUGGCCUCCGAUCGUCACACACAAGCAGCCUCUGCCGGCCACUGCCUGUUUGGCGACACGAACCGAACCGCCAGUCCCGAAAAAAGAAAGAAACUUGAAAAAAAAAAAGUAAAGUCACAAAUUUCGCGCUGUGCAACCCGUGCACGGGUGGAAAGUGGCAGGUAUCUCUGCUGCCAUCUCAACGCCAUCCACUCCACUCAGUUACCUCGUGGCCAGGUCGGAACUUACUGAGGGGCACGCAACCCGGCCCCCAUCUUCGCUCAGGGUGGUGCGUCGCCUUGCGAAGCCUGCUGCCGCGGAUGUGGAACUUUUUCUAUCAUUGCAGACGGGUUCUGCCGACAGCCUGUCGAUGAUGCCUUCAGUAUUGGGCCCCACACAUCCAACCGCCAUACCAGGCGCCGGUCUAGGACCCAUCCAGCACGACACGCCGGCCGCGCGUUCGCGUUCGAGCACGGCCAUGCCUUCGCUCCAGGAGCCGACCCCGCCCCACAACGUCAAGCAAGAGGAGGAGUCUUCCGACAGGGGACGUCGCCGGAGCCGCUCUGACGAAGACGAUGACGGCGCCGUCGUCGAGCUGAAGGAUGAGCAGGCAGGGGAUGGUGACCAAAAUCCGGGAAACUCGUCGGCCUCGGAUGCAGGCCCUGCCCGCAAGCGCAGGAGGAGCCGGAAAGGCCUGGACAAGAAGUUCGAAUGCCCACAUGAAGGCUGUGGCAAGAGCUAUUCCAGGGCCGAACACCUAUAUCGCCAUCAGCUGAACCACGCCCCAAAGCAGAUAUAUCACUGUGGCAUGGGUGACUGCACCCGCAGCUUUGUGCGACUCGACCUAUGCAACCGUCACAAAGACAGGCACACGGCCAAGGGCUCGGCCCUCAACCGCAAGGACAGUAUACUGGGACAUGGCAGCUCACCAAUAAUCCAGCCUACAGCCGCGCCAUAUGCCCCAGCCGGAUCCCUAUCCCCCGAGGCCAAUCGGCCUAGCACAGGAUACAACAAACCUCUUCCGAACCACCUGCAGUACUCCCCCAAAGGCGGACCAUUCACCGUCCUCAACAAUGCAUCCCCUCCGGUUUAUGCCUCGACAGGCCACCCGAAUGGCGUAUUCUUCAUGCAGCACGACCAGGCUUACGGAGCCAUGCAUCAGGGCCAGCGGGCGGCACCUCACCAAUCGCCAGCCACCCAUCCCCAGCGUCCCAGCGUUCAGACCGAUGUCGGGCAGUAUGGAGUUCUGUCGCCCGUUUCCACCCACCAGGGAUACCACACCCAUCAGAGCAAUACCCCGCAGUCGGCAGUAUACGUCGGGACCCAGAACUGCCCACACUUGAGUCUAGGACCUUCGGAUUUCUCCCAAGGUGCGGCAUCCUCGCCAGCUGUUUCUCGGGAUAUGGGAGGAGCGCAGUUUUAUCCCUCUCAGCAGCCUGGAGACUAUGCCGAACAGGCUGCCCGGCAACAACAGCAGCAGGAGCAGCAGCAACAGCGCGGUAGCGACAUGAUCAUGCUGGGUGAAAUGGCUAUGCCAAGUGCCAUGCCGGUCUUCGGCAGUGAUCAUUUCUAUCAAAAAUCGCCGUAUGCGGGCAUGCCUGAGGACUUCAUGGCCUACCUGUUCAACACGAACGGUAGCCAGGCGGGCGACUCGCCUCAGGGCCACAUACUUCCUCAGGGGAGCAAGAAUAACUACGGCGAGUUCAACAAUCGCUAUAACGUUCCUUAUUAUGGUGCCACAGACCCGACGCAGCUAGGAUACUUCCCGCCACAGCAGGUCAUGGCGGUUGGGAACCUGCUCGACCAGAACCUUCCCGAGACUACCAUCUCGGAGGAGAAGAGCAACGAGAUUUUCGAGUACAUCAGGGACAGAUUCCACGGCGCCAGCGACGCCUCUCCGGUCGAUCGACUGAAAGAGAGCAUCGUCGAGGGAGACCGCUCUCGGGACGCUCACAUGCUGAGCCGCAAGAUGAUGCAGAGAUACAUAACUUCGUACUGGCUGCACUUUAGCGAUCAGGUGCCGAUACUUCACCAACCCACGUUCCAACCAGACAGGACACCCAACCUGCUGCUCAUAGCCAUGAUGGCCAUUGGAGCCGUCAGCCAAGACGAGGCACAAGGGGCGCAGGUAGCCAAGGCCGGCGCGCGCCUUUCCAACUUCCUAGCUUGGGACCUCCGCUGGGCCCUCUACAUGGACCCCAACUUCGGGCCACCGGCCAAGCUGUGGACGUUCCAGGCCAUGAUCCUGCUGGAGCUAUACGAAAAGAUGUACUCGACAAGGUCGCUGCACGAACGUGCUCACAUUCAUCACUCCACCACCAUUGUCCUGAUGCGCCGAGGCAGAUCCUUGAUCGGCAAGUCGUCCCUCGACUCGCCCAACCCGCAGUCGUCAAGACACUCUUCGGCCGGUGGUGUUCACACGGCGGACGAAUGGUGGAAUCACUGGAUUACCAACGAAGCCACGCGCCGCGCGGCCUUCGCCGCUUUCUGGCUAGACUCGAUCCACGCUACCAUGUUUGGGCAUUCGACCGUUAUGGUGGCGCACGAGAUGCGUCUUCCACUGCCAUGCGACGAGAAUCUUUGGAAGGCGAAUAGCGGGGCCGAGGUCGGUAGAAUCGAAGCCAACCUCCAGUCCAGGGGCAUCAAGACCCUCGCUUUCCUUGACGGUCUGAAGAAAACACUGAGCGGGGUCGAGGUCCGGACCAACGCGUUUGGGCGCACGAUCCUGAUGGCCGGCUUGCUGAGCGUGAGCUGGCAUAUGAACCAACGGGACCUCCAGGUCAACUCGCUGGGAGGCGGAGUGUCUCAGGCGCUGGGAGGUCGAGACAAGUGGAGGGGCACGCUCACACGGGCCUUUGACUUUUGGCGGACCGACUUUGACAAGGCCCAUUCGGAUCCUUACAUAUACGCCUCGGACGACCACAAGCCCACGGUGGAGGCCGUCACGUUGGAGAACCGCACCGUGCUCCAUCACCUGGCCCACAUGGCGAUGCAGGUGGACAUUGUUGACUGCCAGAUUUUUGCGCGCGCUAAGCGGCUGCUGGGCCGGGCCAUCGGCGCGCAGGACCUGAACAGCGCGCAGCGGAGGAUGAAAGACAACUGGGCGCCCAAGGCAAGGGCGCGCGAUGCCGUCUACUAUGCGCUAAAGUUCCUGUCGUCUGUGCUCUUGUCGACAGAACCAGGCACGCCGGCGUCUCAGGGGCAGCCGCCUCGCGAGGAACCGUACUCGGCCCGUGGGGACGUGUUGAUGAACCGGCCUUGGGUUCUGUACUUUGCCGCCCUGGUUGUCUGGUGCUACGGGUACGCCUUGGAAGGCCCGUGCAAGGACUACAGCCCACCCUCGACCAAGCAGGCUCAGGUGCGGGAAAUGCGCGAGUACCUGCGGACCUUUGGCGGAAUCUUGGACCCCGAGGAGCUCAAGGCGAUGACGGGGCUGAACCGCAACACGGCACUGCUCAUGGUUCUCAAGGAAUCGUUUGAGGUGACGCGGUGGGAGCUUCUCCACGAAGGGGCGACUUUGCUUCAGAACUGCAUCCAGCUCAACGCAGGCGCCAUGGUGUGAAGAAUGGAGAUGUAUGCUUUGCGGCUUCCGUUGUCGACCUCCUCUUUUUUCAUUCAUCUCUUACCUCGGAUCUCCUCUGUUAUCACAUACUCAUAUCCUCUGAAUCAUGGUGGCAAGCUUUGUUUCUUUUAUUAUGGACAAAUGUUGGCGGCAACGGGUUGCAGGAAUGCCCAGUCCUGUCAUCGACCGCUUUUGACCUUGUUCCAAUUAUAUACCCCUCGACUAUUGUUUUAUGGCGGCACAGCGGAAUGAUGCAAACGAAAGGAUACCAUAUUUCUUAUCUAUCUAUUUACGUUUCCAUGAAAGCCGGCUGCGAUCCAAAUGCUUCAGUGUCUAGUCUAUACCCAUGUCUAUCGGCCCAGCGAGCACACGGGCGGACUUUGAUUACAGUCAAACCUUGGACUUCACAGGAGGGUCGAUGUUGACCUUGCCGUGGUCACACGUGGAGAUGACCUGGCCGUUGUCCUCCCUGCGCAUGACCCCGCGGAGGGCGCACAGCCUGCCGCCGGCGGCGACGACCUGGCACUCGACCAGGACGGUGGUGCCGGCCGGGGCGGGGCGCACGUAGGUGACGGAGAGGUUCCGGCUCACGCCCAUCUGGCUCCAGAAGCCCGGGCGGGAGACGAGGACCAGCGGCAUGGUGGUGGCGAAGUCGAAGAGGGUGGCGGCGGCGCCCCCGUGCAGGGUGCCGAGCCUGUUGCAGUGCGACUUGGGCACCGUGUAGCGGAACGUGGCCGUGGCCAGCGGGUCCUCGGUGCCGGUGCCACCGCCCGCAUCGGUCUUGGGCCUCAGGCCCGAGGCCGAGAUCAGCUCGAGGUGGGGGAAGAAGGGCAUGGUGAAGUCCUGGGUUGGGGUGGGUUAGGGUCCGAGUUGGUUGGAGUGCCUGGGUAGGCAGGUAGGUACCUCUAGGCAGGUAGGUUUAUGUCUAAAAAAAAACGAAAAAACACAAGGGACACGAACCGAAAACUUGCCGUACGCAUCAAUGGCUUUCUGGAUGGUUGUCUUGGCAUUGUCGUCUCCGCCCAAGGGUUUGGUAUUUGCUGCCAUGAUGGGCACUGUGUGAGUGAAGAUGUUUGGUAUAUGUUCAGGUCGCAAGUGUUUCGGCGUUUUAAAUAUGAAUAAUAAG